AUGUCUAAUCCAGAGAGCCCCGCCGCGGUGCCCAACGGCCAGCCGGACCCCGUACUCGUGGGGUCCGGGCUGACGGCCUUGAGACAAGAGGCUUAUGUUGAUGCCACCAAUGCCACCCCGAGCUUGGAUGCCGAUAAGAAGAGCCAGCUGGAAAGCGAUGCACCGUCAUACUUUGCCAACCUCCCGGGAACGAGAACCGAGGGACUGGAUCCAUCGGAUCAAUCCUCGAUCCCAGACUCUCAAGGUAGAGCAUCGGGGCAAGAAUUAUUACGACGCUUAAGUCUAGUGGGAGAAUUAUCACCUAAUUUACCGGAAGUCGAUCCGCGAACACAGCAUCCUGAAUUGAAGCUGAGUGGCCGAUUGAUCAGUGCCGCCUUUUGUAUUCCAUACAAGCUUCAAUUUCAAGCAGACUCGGACUGGUCCCUCAAGUCCCGCUCCGGUUCUUCGGCUCUGUUUGAUUCCAUUGCCCACCUGGCUUCAGAGGAGACUCCCUGGUCACAUACCUUGGUGGGGUGGACCGGAGAGAUUGAACCCUUUCACGAUGCGAAGGCUCCAUUGCAACCCAUCCCUGCCAACAAGUUGCCGCCUGGGUCAAAGAAUCCGACCACAGUCCCUAUCAACAAAGCUGCGGCACCAGUCCCGGUAAAUGCGACUCAAAAACCUCCAUCCCAUCCGUUGGUCGAUGGGAUCAAUGUCGGGCGACAGGAUCGAGAGAAGCUGGAUAGUCAACUAGCCUCAGGGCGACACGGCCGGAUCUUGCCGGUCUGGUUAUUUGACCCAUCAGAGGAGCCGCAAGACACUAUUGUCCUCAAAGAUCAGGGGAGAUGGCGCAGAUAUGCCGAAAGGGAGCUCUACCCACUUCUACACUAUAAGCAGCAUGGCCCCACUGAUGGACGGUCUGAGCGACGGUGGUGGGCUGAUUAUGUCCGACUGAAUCAGCUCUUCGCCGACCGCAUCGUGCAGGAUUACCAAGAGGGUGAUGUCGUGUGGGUUCAUGACUACCAUCUGUUUCUUCUGCCGAGCCUACUUCGACAGCGGAUCCCUGAUAUCUAUGUGGGAUUCUUUCUUCAUUCUCCAUUCCCUAGCAGCGAAUUUGUGAGGUGUUUGGCGAAGCGCAAGGAGAUUUUGACCGGCGUCCUUGGUGCAAACAUGAUUGGCUUCCAGACAUUCUCCUACUCCCGACACUUCUCCUCGUGCUGCACACGGGUUUUGGGUUUUGAUUCCAACUCGGCUGGUGUGGAUGCCUAUGGGGCUCACGUUGCAGUGGAUGUGUUUCCCAUUGGAAUUGAUGCGCGUGCGAUUCAAAAAGCCGCCUUUGGCGCCCCUGAGAUCGAGAAGGCAGUGGCGGGCAUCCGCAAACUGUAUGCGGGGCGCAAAAUAAUCGUUGGCCGAGAUCGAUUGGACAGCGUUCGGGGUGUGGCCCAGAAGCUCCAGGCAUUUGAGCUGUUCUUGGAGCGAUAUCCUGAAUGGCGGGAAAAGGUUGUCCUUAUUCAGGUGACCAGUCCAACUAGCGUGGAGGAAGAGAAAGAGGACCCAGAAAACAAGAUUGCCGGCCAAAUCUCCAACCUGGUAUCCACAAUCAAUGGUCGCUUUGGCUCGCUGAGUUUCUCCCCCGUGCAAUAUUAUCCCCAGUAUCUAUCCCCGCACGAAUACUUUGCCUUGUUACGUGUGGCCGAUGUCGGACUCAUCACCACCGUGCGAGACGGGAUGAACACCACCAGCCUGGAGUACAUUGUCUGCCAGCAGACGAAUCACAGCCCUCUCAUCCUCUCUGAAUUUUCCGGUACUGCCGGUACUCUUCCUAGCGCAAUUCACAUCAAUCCGUGGGACUUGGUGGGUGUUGCUGGGGCCAUCGAUCAAGCUCUCAAGAUGCCUGCGCCACAGCGGAGAGAACAGCAUCUGAAGCUCUAUAAACAUGUUCUUACCAACACAGUGGGGGCGUGGUCGCGACAGUUCCUUCACCGGUUGUUGACCAACCUUUCGUCUUUCGACCAGUCUGUUGCCACACCAGCCCUGGACCGCGCGAAAGUGGUCAAACAAUACCGCAAAGCACGGAAACGCUUGUUUAUGUUCGACUACGAUGGUACACUGACACCCAUUGUGAAGGACCCGCAAGCGGCCAUUCCAUCCGAUCGUGUCCUGCGUACUCUCAAGACUUUAUCGGCCGAUCCGCGUAAUGCGGUUUGGAUUAUCAGUGGACGAGACCAAGCCUUCUUGGAUGAAUGGAUGGGUCAUAUUCCCGAGCUGGGGCUUAGCGCCGAGCAUGGCUGCUUCAUUCGCCAGCCGGGCUCCGACGACUGGCAGAAUUUGGCCGAUAAGCCUGACAUCAAGGAAUGGCAAAAGGAUGUCUUUGAUGUGUUUCAACACUACACCGAACGGACCGGUGGAUCAUUCAUUGAGCGGAAACGAGUCGCAUUGACCUGGCAUUACCGCCGGUCUGACCCCGAGUACGGAAAAUUCCAGGCUCAAGAGUGCCGCAAAGCACUGGAAGAUACCGUAGCCAAGAAGUGGGAUGUUGAGGUCAUGGCAGGCAAAGCCAACCUCGAGGUUCGGCCCACUUUCGUCAACAAGGGGUUCAUCGCCACACGGUUGGUAAACGAAUAUGGCACGGAGCCUGGCAAAGCGCCCGAGUUCAUCCUUUGCCUGGGGGAUGAUUUUACGGAUGAAGAUAUGUUCCGUGCACUUAAGAAGUUUGACCUACCGCAAGACCACGUCUAUUCGGUGACUGUGGGUGCCAGCUCGAAACAAACGGAUGCUAGCUGGCACUUACUGGAACCGGCCGAUGUGAUCAACACUAUUCAGAUGCUUAACCACUCCAACCAGGACCAUUGA